AUGCUGGACACAGCGGUGUCACAGCUGCUGGUCACUUCGCAGGCAGGUGUCUACCGCUGCCCUCUGGGAUCCAGGGACCUGGAUUUGUCCAGUUGCGUGCUGGUUGCAGCCGCUGGUGCCGAGCUCACGGCGCCCGUCAGGGCCACCGAGGGUCCGGGCACAACGGUGCUCGUGGCUGACGGCUCCAAGGUUCUGCGCUGCGACCAGGUGAGCCAGGCUGGCCCACAGUGCGAGACUGUGGUGGACCUGCAGGACGACGUGAAGGGCGUAAUUUUCAACGUUGACGCCAGAUCCCUGUUCGCCAGCGGAAGUUAUGUUGUCGUGACCACCGCAUCUUUUGGAAGCACACCAACCUUCCAGUCCUGUGAAGCCGCAGCGGUGGCAUCCCAGCAGAACUGCCGCGCUUUCGACAACUACUACAGCUUCUCUACCGGGCAAUCCAUUGACGAUGUGCAUGUCGAUGUUCUGCUUCGUGACAUCCAGAAUGUGGUAGAUGAUCUGUUCGCGCACGUAGCCGUCUUAGGCACAAUUUAUCGCUGUCGCCUGGACUUUGGAGCACAAUGUGAACGGGUAUCACAUCCAUCAUCUACCAUCUUCGCCACAUCCAUCUUCGUCAAGGGAGGACGUAUCUAUGGACUUCGGGCCAAUGCGGGUGACACCAACACCCCCAUAUUUGUGUGCGACACGUAUGAACAAUCCACCAUCAAUUGGCACCAAUGUACACCUAGAGUGCUCCGAACCCUCUCUGGUGUGGGACGUGGCCUGGCUAUAGACCAGGACGACAAUUUCAUCGUGUCGCGACAAAGCUCCGGGGCGCCGAGUGAAGUGGUGAGGUGUCCACAAGAUCCCGCAAUCCAAUGCGAAGUACUUGUGGUAGGUACGGAAGGUGAGCCAAUCGCUGAUGUGAGCUUGUUGUAUGCUUAUCCAGAAGCAUGA